AUGAUAUUUUUCAGUAACAGGUAUUGUUAUUGUAAACAUUUGAGCCAAACUUUCUAUAAUUUUAAUUUAUUAUUUUUUAAGAUAUUAAUUUUUUUAUAAAGAAAAAUACAGACAGAUGGUAAACUAAGCAUCGGAGGGAGACCCAUGUUCAUAUGGUGAAAUAUGUUUGUCUUGACCUGAACAAUAAUGUGGUAUCCAGAGAGUUACGGGACACCCUGUAUAAUAAAGAAUCCCCAAACCCUAACACUAAAUUUAUUCAUAUUAUUAUGUACAAAAUUAAGUGUGUUGUAUUGAGGUAAUAAAUAAAAAAGUUAGUGUCACAAUAUUUAAGUUUGUGGGCCUGUUCACUCAAAUUGUACCUCAAUAAAGAAAUCAUUGCUAUUUAUUUCUUCUAUAUUAUGUAAAUGAUGGAUCAUAAUAAUGUUUAACUAGUCAGACAGUCGUAGUGAAGAAUAAUUUUUUUGUCAAUAUUACAAGUUAAAAAUCUCACAUAUUUUUUAAUUGAACUUGGUAGGUGCAGUGCUAUUUUAUAAAUUCAUUAUUUUUUAUUUGAAUCUACUUGUAUCUAAAGAAGAAAACAAAACCUACAAUCGUGUUUUUAGGUCAUGGUUUGCUAUAACAUUAUAAUUUUAUCAGGUUUAAAUUAUUACAAAAGUAUGUAUGCAUGUUUUAUUAACAUAUGGUGUGCAUAAAUUGAUAAGAACAAUAUAUGAUAGUUUUCUGAUGCCCUUUCUCCAAUCGCGUGAUGACACAACACAUCAACCUGUAUUUUAUAAUUCAGACUGGUUAUCUUUGUGUUAAGCACUUUAUCAUUAGAGGUUUUCCAUGUAACACCAGCUGUGUGCUGAUAAGAUUGAAAGGUUCUGGAAGGAAAUCAUAAUUGGCCAUUGUGUUAUUAGUGGUGCUUACAGGGAACAUUGUACAGUUACGAGAAAAAAAAUCAUGUUUGCUGAAAAAGUCGUGUUGAUUACUGGAGCAGGCUCUGGGAUCGGAGCGGCGACAGCAGUAAAAUUCGCAAAAUCUGGAGCAAAAUUGUCACUCACUGGUAGGAACGGAGACAACUUGCGAACAGUUGCUAUAGAAUGUGAAAAUCUAAGCAGUGAGAAGCCAUUGGUAACUAUUGGGGACAUUUUAGUUGAAGACUCCAUCGAGAACAUUCUGAAACUGACCAUAAAUCACUUUGGAAGGCUCGACGUCCUCAUCAACAACGCAGGAAUCGCUGAGAACGGAUCAAUCGAAAACACUUCCGUAGCUCAGUUCGACCGUGUUUUCAACACCAACGUCAGAGCAGUCUACAACAUGACUAUGAAAGCGGUUCCGUUCCUGAUCCAGACGAAGGGUAACAUCGUGAACGUGUCCAGUUUGACAGGAACACGCGCUUUCCCUGGCGCGUUGGCCUACGGUAUGUCCAAAGCUGCGGUCAACCAGCUGACCCGGUGCGUGGCCUUGGAGCUGGCUAGCAGACAGGUCAGGGUGAACAGCGUCAACCCAGGAGUGGUCAGAACCGAGCUCCAACGUCGAGCAGGAAUGAGCGAACAGGCCUACCAGAAGAUGAUCGAGAACUGCAAGUUCACUCACGCUCUCGGGCGGUCAGCCUCCCCAGAAGAAGUUGCUGAUGCCAUUCACUUCUUGGCGAGUGAAAACUCCAGCUUUAUCACUGGAAUAAAUCUCCUGGUAGACGGAGGGCGCCAUGCAAUGUGCCCCUACUGAGAGAUCCAUCGUAAAUAUGUAUUUUUAAGUUAAACCCUUUUCAAGUUUACUGUAGUUGUGCUUGACUUCAUUGCAAAGAAACAAACUUUUUGUUUGAUUUAGGUGUCAUUGUGGAUUAAGUGGAAUUUUCCCUCUGUUACUAGUUCAUUUGCCGAAGUUUACAAUCUUUAGUUUAGUCUCGUACUAACUUGAUGAAUUGUGUUUGUGAGUUUAUGUGUUGAAUGAAUUAAAGCAUUUAUAAUGUCCA